UUGUGGUAUUUUCAUGUGAAAAAGACAAAAAUACUGUCAUGAAUUGUGUGAUUCAGGCGAGACCACCAGAGGCAUUCCGCUUGUUAUUGAAUAAGAGACCAAUACCACAGUUGAAUAAUCAAAAGACCCAUUGAACCCUGACCGAGUGAAUGAUAAUCUUCAUAAAUUUCUUCAACAGACUCAUUGUACUCAUCCAUUAUAAAACACUGAUUCUAACCAAGUAUAAUUUCUUACAACAAAUUUUACUAGAUUUUAAUAGAUAAAAAUAUUUUCAUGAAGUGUUUAUUUAGUUUACUAUGUCAAAAAUCAUUUUCAAAAAUAGAAGAAAAACAUGAAAAAAUUCCCUGUAGUCAUAUCCCCCACAAAAAAGUAGGUGAGACGUGUUUGAUAAAGUGUAAAUAAAAACAAGAUUUUAGUACUUAUUUAUUAUGCCAUUCCUUUCUUGUCACAGAAUCUCCACUUCAUCCGAAUAUGCAGUGUGGGCCACCAAGAAAUCCUGCGACUUGUGACAAUUUUGUGUGCAACCAGGAAGUAUGGGCAGCGUGUCAUAAACGCUUGUGUUUUCUUUGUUUCGAACAUUUCAAGUAUAACGAUGAUUGCCUGUGUCAUAAUGCUGCAUUUAAUGAUGUAAGUAAUCUUGGUGAGAUUCAACUUGAUAUGAUGUUACCCAACUUACUUUUGUCUAAAUGCCUAGUUGAUAUGGAAGAGAUGCAGAUCAGAUUGUAGAUGAAGAAGCUACUGGCGAUCAAGUUGAUAUAGAAGAAGUAAGUGAUGAAGAUCAGAUUGUAGAUGAAGAAGCUACUGGCGAUCAAGUUGAUAUGGAAGAAGUAAGAGAUGUAGAUCAGAUUGUAGAUGAAGAAGCUACUGGCGAUCAAGUUGAUAUGGAAGAAGUAAGAGAUGAAGAUCAGAUUAUAGAUGAAGAAGCUACUGGCGAUCAAGAUGAUAUGGAAGAAGUAAGAGAUGUAGAUCAGAUUGUAGAUGAAGAAGCUACUGGCGAUCAAGUUGAUAUGGAAGAAGUAAGAGAUGCAGAUCAGAUUAUAGAUGAAGAAGCUACUGGCGAUCAAGAUGAUAUGGAAGAAGUAAGAGAUGUAGAUCAGAUUGUAGAUGAAGAAGCUACUGGCGAUCAAGUUGAUAAGGAAGAAGUAAGAGAUGUACAUGUAGAUCAGAUUGUAGAUGAAGAAGCUACUGACGAUCAAGUUGAUGUAGAAGUAGUAAGAGAUGAAGAUCUGAUUGUAGAUGAAGAAGCUCCUGGCAAUCAAGUUGAUAUGGAAGAAGUAAGAGAUGCAGAUCAGAUUAUAGAUGAAGAAGCUACUGGCGAUCAAGAUGAUAUGGAAGAAGUAAGAGAUGUAGAUCAGAUUGUAGAUGAAGAAGCUACUGGCGAUCAAGUUGAUAAGGAAGAAGUAAGAGAUGUACAUGUAGAUCAGAUUGUAGAUGAAGAAGCUACUGACAAUCAAGUUGAUGUAGAAGUAGUAAGAGAUGAAGAUCUGAUUGUAGAUGAAGAAGCUCCUGGCGAUCAAGUUGAUAUGGAAGAAGUAAGAGAUGUAGAUCAGAUUGUAGAUGAAGAAGCUACUGGCGAUCAAGUUGAUAUGGAAGAAGUAAGAGAUGAAGAUCAGAUUAUAGAUGAAGAAGCUACUGGCGAUCAAGAUGAUAUGGAAGAAGUAAGAGAUGUAGAUCAGAUUGUAGAUGAAGAAGCUACUGGCGAUCAAGUUGAUAUGGAAGAAGUAAGAGAUGCAGAUCAGAUUAUAGAUGAAGAAGCUACUGGCGAUCAAGAUGAUAUGGAAGAAGUAAGAGAUGUAGAUCAGAUUGUAGAUGAAGAAGCUACUGGCGAUCAAGUUGAUAAGGAAGAAGUAAGAGAUGUACAUGUAGAUCAGAUUGUAGAUGAAGAAGCUACUGACGAUCAAGUUGAUAUGGAAGAAGUAAGAGAUGUAGAUCAGAUUGUAGAUGAAGAAGCUACUGGCGAUCAAGAUGAUAUGGAAGAAGUAAGAGAUGUAGAUCAGAUUGCAGAUGAACAAUUUGCCGACUUUCAAGUUGAUAUGGGAGAAGUAAUAGAUGAAGAAGAUCUCUUACUUUUAAAAGGAGGAGGGUAUUUUCAGUCUCCUUCAUCUUUCCAGGUUGAUGGUGAAAGAGCAAUUGAAAUACCACAACAGCAAACAAAAAUCAAAAGUAGAAAUCGGGUAGUAAAAGAAAAGAGAAAUUCUGGAUAUGCUUAUGAAAGUGAAAAAAGCAAAAAAAUGAAACCAGGGCGGAGAUUUGCAGAGUAUAAGAAGUCAUGCAAAAAAUGCCAUUCCAAGGGUUUCAGUUGCUCUACCUUGAGUAUGGAGGACAGGGAGGCUAUCAGAUCAACCUUUUAUGAUAUUGGUGCUCUGACAGAGCAAAGAGAGUGGAUAGUGCGUCACAUAACCCUGAUCCACGAGAAAGGGACACAGAAGCUUCGUAAGUUUGCAUACUUCUUACCAAACUCCAAAGACCCAUUCCAUAAAGUUCCUGUUUGCAGGUUGAUGUUCUUAGGAACCUUAGGUAAUUUAUAUCUGAAAGGCAGGUGUGAAGACAGUCAUUGCAAAAAAACAAGAGCGCAGAAAGAGAUGCUAGACUGCGGGAGUCGGUGAGAAAUCAUAUUAACAAAUUUCCAAGACAGGAGAGUCAUUAUUGUCGUGCAAGCAGCCGAUGGGAAUAUCUCUCAGAUGAAUUUAACCCUGAGAUUAUGUACCGAAUGUAUCUGUCCACUACAACUGAAGGUGCAUCUCUAUCUCUUUAUAGAAAAGUACUGCGUGAGAUGAAGAUCAAAUUUCACCAUCCUAAGAAGGAUAUAUGUCCUUUAUGUGAGACCUUUCACCAUGGUAAUGCAAAGGACAGGGAGGCAGUCGCCAAGGCCUAUGAAGAUCACACCACUGAAAAGGACAAGGUGAGAGAACUGAAAGCUAAAGCUAAGGUUAGAGCAUCACAGGACAAGAGCUUUGUCACUGCAGUAUUUGACAUGCAACAGGUAAUAUACCUUCCCAAAUCACCCGUGUCAGAUAUUUUCUACAAGCGUCGAUUGAGUAAUUAUAAUUUCACCAUCUACGAAUU